AUGGCCGCCACAUUACCCGAUCUUUGUUUUGAGGAAAUAUUCAGUCACUUCAAAUAUGACUAUUCCAUUUUAUAUAAAUGCCUCCUAAUAAACCGAGUUUGGUGCAGAAAUGCGGUCCCACAUCUUUGGAGAUGUCCGUUCCGACAGUCUUUACCUACACUCAAUGCACACCACCUGAUAAGGACGUACAUUUCCUGUUUAGAUGACACAGAGCUCAGUCUACUCAGUUCAUAUGGUCUCAUAGUCACCGAAAAGAAUGCGGCCUUUGAAUAUGGAAGAUACCUGGAAGAAUUAUCGUUCUGUUAUUUGAAUGAUGCAAUUCAUAGUUGGAUGGUGUUCAAGGUAGACUUUUGGAAUUAUGAGACCAUAUCCCGUCCAGUAAGCACCGCAAUUUGUCAUAUGUUCAUGCGACAGAGAGCAAAGGUGAAGAACGUCAAAUUGUCGUGUCACGAAAUGACCAUUGGAAAAUUUCCGGAACCUAAAGCUUUCUCGGACAAUUGGCGAGGUUUGAACAAAGUGCGGAGCCUGGAGUUAUGUAUAGACCGAUAUUGCCUUUUCAACAAAUCAGAAUUUCCAUUGGGCUUUCUAUUUCAGGUGGUGAAAUCAUGCACCAGCAUUUCGCACAUGAGAAUAAAUAUGAAUUACAAUUGUCACAAACUUUUGUCGGACGUGAUAGGUGAAAUCAUACGAGUUCAAAGAAACCUCGAGGAAUUCGUCCUGAGCGAGACCUUGAGUGUUGUGACAGCAUCCAUAGUCUAUGCACUAGAAUCACAAACACAUUCGUUGACAUCAUUAAGAUUUAAUAAUGUGAUCUUCGGAGGAGUGUCUCUGCAUUGGCUAGAACGAUGCAAAAAGCUGAGAACAUUGUCGCUUCUAAAGUGUAGCGGACAAAUGAUGGAGUUGAAUUUAUCAUAUAUAACAUUUCCCAUUAAAAAUUUGGAAUUAGUGUGCGAUAGGGCCAACACUAGAGCGACCAAAAUAGCGGAAAUUAUUCGAAACGUUGGGGAAAAUCUAGAGACACUUAAAUUGAACAUAGUGGACCGAUCCACCAUGAAUGCAAUUUCCGUGUCGUGCCCGAAUCUCGAGAUUCUCGAUGUCGAAGUUCCCGAAGAGAUGUACGCAAUUGCAAAGUUGUGGAUAGGUAAUCUGGCGCUCAAGACCUCAAACUUGCAUUGCGAAGACACUUACAGUGACGAUGAUGAGAUGGACACCAAAUACAUUGUGUGA